UUGUGCAGCAGCAGAGGAAGUUCAGCAGCAGCGUAAACAUGGCUGACAGUGGAGUGACAGAUGGAGCUGUCGGAAAAGAUGGUAUACAACAAGCAAAGAUUGAAGGCAAAGAGCUGACCAAAGACGAGAAGCAGCGGCUGAGGAAAGAGAAGAAACAGCAGAAGAAAAACAAAGAGAAAAAUGAUGAAAAUGCUUCAAAGGAAAGCGAAGAGAAGCCUGUCAGUGCGGCUGCUCCAACUCCAACACAACCCUCACAGAAGGCUCCUUCAGCAGUGCCCGCUCCUGCAUCACUUCCUGUGCCUGCCUCAGAACCUCAGCCCGCUAAGAGUAAAGCAGACAUGAAAGCUGGGAGGAGAGCAAGGCAAGAGUCUGAGAGGGCGUCCAAAAAGAAGGGAGAUGCGGGUCAGCCGGCUGCUACGGGUAAAGCUAAAGCAGCACCCAGUGAGCUGCAGCCAGUGGUGAAGAGGCUCCCAGAACAUGUCCAAGUGGACAACCCAGAUGUUUUAAAGAAACUGGCAAAGAAGUUGGAGAAACAACAGACGCCAGGGUGCAAUGCUGCUGCAAAUUUUGAGAUCCCCCUCCGGUUAGACUACGGCCACAAAGUCAGCCUGUUUUCUCAUCUCCACCAGUACAGUCGCAGAGCCCCUCUAACACAGCAAAUUGGCAUUCCCUCCACAGUGAUUCAUCCUGCUAUUGUCCGCCUGGGUCUCCAGUACUCACAGGGCAUUGUGGCGGGGUCCAACGCCCGCUCUGUGGCCCUGCUGCAUGCUUUCAAACAGGUAAUAAGGGACUAUACAACACCUCCAAAUGAAGAGCUAUCUAGAGACUUGGUCAACAAGUUGAAACCUUAUAUCAGUUUUCUGAAUCAAUGUCGCCCCCUGUCAGCCAGCAUGGGUAAUGCGAUCAAAUACAUCAAGAAAGAGAUCUCCAAUAUUCCUAGUCAAUGCAGAGAAGAAGAAGCGAAGAGCAAGCUGCUGAGCUGUAUCGAGCGUUACAUCGAUGAGAAUAUCAUCCUCGCUGCUAAAGCUAUCGCUAAGUCCUCCAUAGAAAAGAUCAGUGAUGGAGACGUCAUCCUAGUUUAUGGAUGCUCGUCGCUGGUCAACCACAUCUUGUGCGAGGCCUUUGAGAAGAAGAGGAAGUUCCGUGUGAUCGUGGUGGACAGCCGGCCUCGUCUGGAGGGCCGCGAGGCUCUGAGGCGCCUCGUCCAGAGAGGCAUCAGCUGCACCUACGUCCUCAUCUCCGCUGUCUCCUACAUUCUCCCAGAGGUAUCGAAGGUGUUCCUCGGUGCUCACGCUCUGCUGGCCAACGGUUACGUGAUGUCUCGCGUGGGGACGUCACAGAUCGCUCUGGUGGCCAAAGCCUUCAACGUGCCUGUGCUGGUGUGUUGUGAGACAUACAAGUUCUGUGAGAGGGUGCAGACAGACUCCUUCGUGUCCAAUGAACUAGAUGACCCUGACGACCUCAUUGUGACGCGUAAGGGGAGGACCCAGCUGGAGCACUGGCAGGAAGUGCCCUCUCUCGGCCUGCUGAACCUGGUGUACGACGUGACGCCGCCUGACUUCGUGGACUUGGUCAUCACAGAUCUGGGAAUGAUCCCUUGCACCUCGGUCCCUGUGGUGCUGCGAGUGAAGAACGUGGACCAGUGAACGACAGUCUGAGCUCAGAGGCUGUUUCUCUGUGUUCUCCAUGGUUUGAGCUUGAAUGCUUGCACACAACACAAAACACCAUGCUCUGAGCAUGCAAUAAAUAUAUAUGAAAUGGCAUAUGCUUUUUAAACAGAGUCCAUGUGUGUUUUAUGAAUGAAUUGGAUAACUACCAGGGUUUGUUUCCCUUUAGGAGGGUAGUUCUGUUUUAGUUUUUUUUAUACAUUUGGUAUAGGCAAGAUGUUUACAUGGAUCCACGUUGAGAAUGGUUUAUUUACAACAGAACAUUUAAUUGCCAGUAUUUGGAGCAGAACCGUUCCAAUGCGGUUGAAAACAUGCACUCGUUGUCAACCACAGCAUGCCAUUUCAAACCAGCCAGAAAUGGUUCCCUAAUUACAGUCGGAGCUGCAGUAUCUGUGAAGAGUUUGUGAGCCAUAAAAUCCCUCUGCCUAGUUUUUAAUGACCAUCGAUUCAUUGAACAGAAUAAAAAGAGUGAGACAUAAACUAGGA